ACACGGUCACAACACUGCACUCCAGCCUAGGCAACAGAGCAAGAGCCUGUCUAAAAAAAUAAAUAAAUAAAAUAGUAAAACAGCUAAGCUUGUACCACAGAGUCUUCAAGGUCCCAGGCCCCAUCUAUCUCAUGCUCCGCCAUAUCCAGUGCUGGCCCUCGGAUCAGAAUGGUGUCAUCACUCCACUGUCCACCCAGAGGGAAGGCGAGACAUCCAUAUCCCCGGUCCAUUUAGCUAUGAGAAGCUGGAAAACGGCUGUGAGUCGGCCUCCUGUCCAGUUAGAACUAACUCAGGUUGCGCACCUCCAGUCUCCUCUUCCGGCAGGAAGAAAGCAUUCCUAUCACUUCCUGCUUCUCAAGCCCUACUGUUUCAGCGAUCCUCAUUGGAGGAAUCAGCAGUCGAAAGAAGAGCAGGCCAAGCACUCUCGUGACGUGGCUUUCAGAGAGCGGAAGUUGUCACAUUUCACCGAGCCGUAAAGCGCGCUGGCUGUGUCAUCUUCCGGUUAGCGACAACGGCUCUGACCGUCCGACAGUCCGCGUGGCGCCCGCACCGGCCUUCCUGCGGCGGACUCUGCCGGAGCCUUCCAGAUUCCGUUUGUUUCCCUGUUGUCGCACGCUUCACCCUGGAUCAUGUUCAAGAAGUUUGAUGAAAAGGAAAGUGUGUCCAACUGCAUCCAGUUGAAAACGUCAGUUAUUAAGGGCAUUAAGAGCCAACUGAUAGAGCAAUUUCCAGGCAUUGAACCAUGGCUUAAUCAAAUCAUGCCUAAGAAAGAUCCUGUCAAAAUAGUCCGAUGCCACGAACAUACAGAAAUCCUUACCGUAAGUGGGGAAUUAUUGUUUUUUAGACAAAGAAAGGGGCCUUUUUGUCCAACUCUAAGGUUGCUUCACAAAUACCCUUUUAUCCUGCCACACCAGCAGGUUGAUAAAGGAGCUAUCAAAUUUGUACUCAGCGGAGCAAAUAUUAUGUGUCCAGGUUUAACUUCUCCUGGAGCUAAGCUGUACCCUGCUGCAGUAGAUACGAUUGUUGCAGUCACAGCGGAAGGAAAACAGCAUGCUCUGUGUGUUGGGGUCAUGAAGAUGUCUACAGAAGACAUUGAGAAAAUCAACAAAGGAAUUGGCAUUGAAAACAUUCAUUAUUUAAAUGAUGGGCUGUGGCACAUGAAGACAUAUAAAUGAGCCUCAGAAGGAAUGCGUUUGGGGGACUAAAUGUGGAUAUUGAUUGUGCUGUAUGUGUGUUUGUGUCUGUGUGUAACAGCGUGAAAACACCGCCUCUGUGGUUAUACUAAAUAAGUUUAACAGAUACUUUAAAGAAAACAAAUCAGGAUGCUGUUACCACAGAGGAAAAAACAAAUUAGGGGACAAGCAGCAAGCAGUCGGCUACACUCUGGAAUCUGAAAGCAGUGGCUGGACCCUGUGACUCUCAAGCUCCACAGCCUCUCUUGUCCUCUUUUUAGGAAGCUUGGAAGCAAACAAGAAUAUUCUAACAUCAGGAUGUUUACCACAAGGCCCCCC